AUGAUGAUGAGGAAAGCUUUGCUUUCACUUGGUUCUGCUUCUUCCCCAUUUUUAGGUAAUCUUCUUCGUCUUCCUUCUUUUUCCCCUCUUUCCUCUUGCAUGCCUUUUAUUAUUUCUCCUCUUCCUUUUCUAUUUCAUUCACGAUCUUACUCUUAUCGUUUCAAUUAUUUUAAUGUUGAUGUUGAUUUUGAUUUUUAUGACCCGAAAUUGUUCCUUAAAUUUGUAAGACAACAAUCCAAAUUAGGGUUUACUGAUGUUGAAACCCCAUUUUCUCUUUUCGAUCAUAUGAAAUUGAUUAGCCCUCUUCCUGGUAUUAUCGAUUUCAAUAUGCUUUUUUCAACCAUUUGUAAGAUUAAACCCCACCCACCUUUCUCCACUGUCAUUUCUCUCUAUAGGCAGCUCCAUUUCCUAGGUGUUCGUCCAGAUGAUUAUUCCCUUAACAUCCUCGCUAAUUGCUACUGUCGUUUGAACUUUGUUGAUUUUGGGUUUUCUGUUCUCGCCAACACUAUUAAACUUGGUUUUAAACCUAAUAUUGUCUCCUUUAAUACCCUCAUUAACGGCUUCGUUCAUACUCAUCAAUUAGACAAAGCCGUUCAUCUGCUGGAUAAAAUUCUUAGGCUUGGCUUCCUACCUGAUAAGGUCACCUAUGGUUCUAUGUUCAAAGGUCUCCGUAGGUCCGGUGAUAAUGCCGGUGCUCUCAAGCUCCUUAGAAAUAUGGAGUCUUAUGGCCAUUUUAUGCCUAAUGUUGUCAUUUAUCACACCAUCAUUGAUGGUCUCCUUAAAGACCAGUUAUUGCCUCAGGCUCUCCGCCUUUUCAAGGAGAUGAAAGUCAAGGGAAUUUCCCCUAAUGUUGACACCUACUACACUUUGAUUGACAUGUAUUGUAAAGAAGGCAAGGUUGGUGAAGCACGGGACAUUUUUAUGAACAUGACUAACACAGGUUUGGUUCCCGAUAUCAUCACUUACAAUACUUUGUUAGACGGAUAUUAUUCACACGGUGAGAUGGAUGAGGCAGAAAAGCUUAUGCAUUUGAUGGUAAAAGAUGGUUGCAAACCGGAUGUUAUUACUUUCAGCAUUUUAAUCAUUGGCUAUUGUAAAGGAGGAAUGGUUGAUGAAGCACUGGCCAUAUUUGAAUCCAUGAUAAGUCAAGGUCAGAUUCCCGAUAUUAUUUCUUACAAUGUUUUAUUGGACGGAUAUUGUUUACGUGGGCAGAUGGAUGAGGCAGAAAAUCUAGUGGCUUUGAUGAUAAAACAUGGCUGCAAAUCUAACAUAAUUACUUUCAACACCUUGAUCAAAGGAUAUUGCAAGUGUAAAAAUAUUAUUGCAUACAAUAUUAUUUCAAAGACUAUGUAG